UCUUUCAUCUUUCACUGCUGCUGCUUUUCAGGAUCGCGUCUGAUGAUCUUCAUUCGCCUCCUAGCAUUUUAGCGUCUUAAAGUGGCCGGAUGCAGCGGAGCUGAUCGAUUAAUAUAAACUAGUUUCUCCAAACAAACUAACCGGCCUUCGACGAGUUUCGACGGAGUAGCGUGAUGAAUUUCUCCCUUCGUCACACAGGCGGGUGGACCGAAGCUCCGCUGCAACACCUUUAGUGUAUGUGUGUAAAUAGCCUAUAUAUGUGGAUCCUCCCGAACCCGGACCUGAUCAUGAAUUGGUUGUGUCGCGUGCCGUGCUGAAGUGGUGGGCCGCGCGCGCUGUCUCUCGAGCUGUAAACGGCGCGAGUCUCGCGCUGCUGCUGUGGUUGUUAGCUUGAGCAGUGCUAACGGGCCUAAAAAAGCCCAGUCUGAUCUCCACUGUCCGAUUUAAACAGCUGUCCGAGCUUUAAUAAGAGCCUCCAGCGGAGUAAAGAGGAGAGGGGAGGAUGGCCAGCCGUCUGAGCGCCGAGGAGGAGCAGGCCACUAAGCAGUUUUUGGAAGAGAUCAACAAAUGGACAUCCCAACAUGGUGUCUCACCGUUGUCCUGGGACGUAGCUGUGAAGUUUCUAAUGGCCCGCAAGUUUGAUGUCCUCCGAGCAAUCGAGCUUUUCCACAGCUACAGGGAGACACGGCUGAGGGAGGGCAUCGUCAAACUGCAGCCGCACGAGGAGCCGCUGCGCUCUGAGCUGUUGAGCGGGAAGUUCACCGUGCUGGGUGUCCGGGACCCAACUGGGGCAUCCAUCGCCCUCUAUACGGCUAAACUGCACCAUCCCAGUAAAACAGGAAACCAUGUGGUUCUUCAGGCGCUGUUCUACCUACUGGACCGAGCUGUGGAGAGUUUUGAGACUCAGAGAAACGGGCUGGUUUUCAUAUAUGACAUGGCUGGAUCAAACUACACUAACUUUGAACUGGACCUGAGCAAAAAGAUCCUCAAUUUGCUCAAGGGUGCGUUCCCAGCACGGCUAAAGAAAGUGCUCAUCGUUGGCGCUCCUGUGUGGUUCAGGGUCCCGUAUAACUUACUGAGUCUCUUACUGAAGGAGAAGCUCAGAGAACGGGUUCAGAUGGUGAAGAUGGGCGACCUGCGACAGCAUCUGCCCAGAGACUGUUUGCCUGAGCACCUGGGCGGCUGUUUGCCUCUGGACGUGCACAGCUGGAACAUGCAGCUGCUGUCCGAGCAGAACGGGCGUGUGGAUCCUGUCGAUGAGCUGAUGGGGAUCCCGCUGGAGAACACGUCCAUACACACUCCUGGACCUGAGGCCAUGAGUCUGGCUGAGCUCAUGGCGAACCUGAACCGGGCCCAGCGCAGCGGGAUCUACCUGGAGUACGAGGAGCUUCGCAGAGAGCAGCCGACUGGAACCUUCACCUGUGCGCUGGCUCCUCACAACCAGGAGCGGAACCGCUAUGGCGACGUGCUGUGUCUCGAUCAGACUCGCGUGCGACUCAAAGCGAGGAGAAACGAGAGAUCAGAUUACAUAAAUGCCAGCUUCAUGGAUGGAUACAAACAGAAAAAUGCAUAUAUUGGGACUCAGGGCCCACUGGAGAAAACCUAUGGAGAUUUCUGGAGAAUGGUUUGGGAGCAAAGUGUGCUUGUCAUUGUCAUGACAACAAGGACGGAUGAGGGCGGCCGGAGGAAGUGUGGACAGUACUGGCCCCAGGAGGAGGGCGGUCAGGAGGUGUACGGGCACAUCGCUGUGGUCAAUCACAGAGUGGACAACCAUGCGCAUUACAACCAAACCACACUUGAGCUGCACAACACAGAGACGUUUGAACAGAGACAGGUGACUCAUUUUCAGUUCCUCAGCUGGCCUGAUUACGGGGUCCCGUCCUCCGCGCUGUCCCUGAUUGGUUUCCUGGGUGCCGUGAAGUACCAGCAGCAGUGGGCGGUCCAGGCGUUCGGCUCACAGUGGAGAGGUCAUCCGCUCGGCCCGCCGAUGGUGGUCCACUGCAGCGCUGGCAUCGGCAGGACCGGUACAUUUUGUGCGCUGGACAUCUGUCUGUCCCAGCUGCAGGAUGUCGGGACCCUUAACAUUUGCCAGACGGUUCGACGAAUGAGAUCUCAGCGUGCCUUCAGCAUCCAAACACCCGAGCAGUACUAUUUCUGCCACACCGCGAUCCUAGAGAACGCCCAGAGACAGGGCCUGCUUUCAGCCAAUCAGUGAGCAGCAGCGCCCACUCGUAGCCAA